CCUCGCCUCCCUCCAAAAGUGGCUGGCCUUUCUCCUCUUUUCGGCCAUGGACUUGGAGAAGCCAAGGCAGCCGGCCACCUUGGAGCUGCCCCUGGGAUUUCUGCGGUUGCUGGGAAACAAGAGCAGCGACUCUGGCGUCACCGAGCUCGUAGGGGUGGGGCUGCUGUGGUUCUCCGGGUCCUGGGUGUUGCUGCAGAAGGGGGCGGCCUUCGGGGCCCUGUUCGCGCACCAAGUGGCCGGCAGCCCGAAGUGGCGCCCGCUGGCGUUGAAGUACCCGGUGCUGGUGCUGCUGCACUGCCUGGUGGUGGAUUUGAGCGCGUGGCUGCAGCGCCGCCUGGCCCGGAAGUGGCGCCAGAACAUCACCAGGAAGCUGCACAGGAUGUACUUCGAGAAGCAGAACUUCUAUCGCCUACAGGCGGAGCCGCGGGAGGCGGUCAUCCUGGACGCGGACGUGCGCAUCUGCCGGGACGUGCACGAGAUGGCCCACGCCACUGCGGAGGUGGCCGUGGCGGUGAUGGAGGCGUUGAUGAAGACUUUGGUCUUCGGCGCCUCGACGCUGUUCCAAAGGAACGGCGCGGUGAGGCUCUGGGGGCUCUGCCCCCCCGCAGUCUUCCUGGUGGCGGUGAAGGUGGUGCUGGGCACGCAUCCCUCCGACGGGAAGACGGUGCAAACCUCUUUGCAGCACUUCGAGGGCCGGCUGAAGCAGCACUUCCUGCGGCUGCAGACCCGGGCCAGGAGCAUCCUGAUGAUCCAGGGUGAACCCUUUGAGCUGGAUUUGCUGCAGAAGGCCCUGCGGGACAUGGCCACCAUGGCCAGGAAGCUCUACGACGUGAUGUUCGGCCUGGAGAUGACUGAGUGGAUGAUCCUCCACACCACCCAGGCAGCUUCCUUGCUGGAGCUGGCUGCCUUUACAUCCGCGGCGCUUCUGGGAAUGCGCAGCAUUUCCGAGCCAGCGGGGCCGCAAGAGGCGCGGGUGCUGGGUCAGCAGCUGCGCAGGGUGCAGGACUUCUUCAGCGUCUGCAGCGGGUGGAGCGCCUUCCUCUCCUCGCGGACGCUGCUCAUGGCCAGCGCCGCGGCCACGGGCCGGGUGAAGCAGCUCUACGUGAGGCUGGAAUGUUUGGACACGCCGUCGGCAAAGGCCCGUCCCAGGCGCAAGUCCAAAGACCCCGCGCCGGAGCUCUAUGUAGAGGGAGAGACGCUGACCUUCCGCAGCGUGACGCUGCACACGCCGGCGAAGCAGGCGCUGCUGAGGGAUCUCACCUUCAGCGUGGAGAAGGGGCCGCUGCUGGUGUGCGGGCACGCGCUGAGCGGCAAGAGCGUCCUCGCCAAGGCGCUCUUCGGGCUGUGGCCCUUGGUGGGCCAAAUCACCCGCCCAGGCGCAAGCCACACGGCGGAAGGCAUCCCGUUACCUGAGGACAUCCUCUACAUGCCAGAGCGGCCCUUGCUGGGCCUCGUCGCCUCGCUCUCGGACGAGGUCACCUUCCCAAGGCCGCUGCCUGAGGGCCUUCCGCCGGAGGAGCUCCAGAGAUGGCUGGCCUACGUGGGGCUCGACCACCUUACGGAGGAGGGCCUCUUGAGCCUGUCUUUGCGGGACCAGCAGUCCCUUGGCUUCGCCAGGCUCCUCUUCCAUCGGCCCCGCUUCGCGGUGCUGGACGGCUGCACCUCCGCCAUGGGCGUGGAGCUGGAGCGCCGGUUCCUGCGCCUGGCGCGGGAGCUGGGGGUGUGCUGCAUCACCAUGACCCGGCGGGCCAGCCAGAGCUUGAAGGACCAGCACGCGCGGAUGCUGGUGCUGCACUCCGCCCGCGGGGAAGACACCCGAGGCUGGAAGCUCUUUGAGCUCGGUGAGGUGGCGGUGAAGGCUCGGUGCCGCUGCAGCGCCGAGGCCUUCCAGCGCCUGGAUGCGCUGGAGGCGCUGGAGGUCUCUGAGGAACCGGCCAGCUCUUCCUCCGGCCCGGCGCGGAGCGAGCUUCCGGAGCUGCCGGCGCUGCGCUGGCAGCAAGGGGCGCGGAUCUGGGCCAUGCUGCAGCUGGGGCUCCUGACAUCUGGGAGGCGCCGGAUGAUCCUGCAGAAGGUGGGGCUGAUGCUGCUGCUCCUGCACGCGAGGACAAACCUCUACUGGAGAUUCUGCCAGAGCCUUGCAGGCAUUCUGCACUCGCUGGUGGCGCGGGAUCUGGCGCAGCUGGCGCGGCGGGGUUUCUUGGCGGCGCUGCUGUCGCUGGGCGGCGGCUUCGCAGAUCAGGCCUUGAGGUACCAGGCGAAGCUGGCCACCGUUGAGCUCUGGAGUGGCGCCGUGGCGCACUUGCAGCGCAAGAUGCUGCGGGACCGGGAGCCGCUGCUGCGCCCGGAGGUGGAGCCGAUGCGGCUCGCGGAAGUGCGAGGGCUGUUCGAGGGCCUGGGCUCCACGGCCUGCGAGGCGCUGCUGGCGCUGGCGCAGCUGGCCUUUGUGGCGCCCGCGCUGGUGCGGCGCCUGGGGCGGUGGGCGGGGAUCUUCGUGCUGCAAUUCGCGGCGCUGCGCCUGCUGCAGCUGGGCCCCGAGCGGAGCGGGGCGAAAGCGGCGCAGGCGGAGGCUGCCUUUCAGGCGCAGCAUACCAGACUGCGGAGCCGCGCGGAGGUCUUCGCGCUCUGCUGCCGCGGGGUCACGGAGCGGCAAAACUUGGAGGACCACUUCGAGGCCCUGAUGUCGUCGUCGGAGGGUUCAGUGCUACCGCAGCUGGCGCUGACGCUGCUCGGGGACUUCCGCGAGAUGCCGUCCUUGGCAGUGCGGGUGCUCUCGGCGCGUCUCGCCGGAGUGGUCUCGGCCAGCGAAAUCUUCCUCUUUGACAGGAUGCUCCAAGUGACCUUCAUUGCGGUGCAGCAGCUCGUGAAGUGUGCUGAGAAGGCCGCGCGCCUGGACGCGCAGUGCCUCCGGUGUUUGGAGCUGGUCGUGGCUGUGGAGGCAACGAGCAAACGGUCGACGUCUAUGUCCCCGCAAACUACAGAGGAGGCGCCCGCUGCCGGGGACUCGUUGCAUUUCUCGGAGAAGGAGUUGGUCACGGAGGAUGGCGUGGUGCUGGCCAGGAGGCUGCAGUUCGAGAUGGUGGCUUCGGAGCCCCUGCUGAUCUGCGGGCCCAGCGGCUUCGCGAAGCCUCUGCUGUCCCGCUUGCUGUUGGGUGAAGCGCUGGACCGCGCCAAGGGCAUCAUCGCCAGGCCGCCGCGACAGACGAUGCUGCUGUGCGCGCAAGAGCCCUACGUCCCUGGCUACUGCAGGCUGCUGGCGCUGCUGGCGUGCCCCCUGCUGCUGCGCUUGCCUUCACACCCGCCCUUCACGGUGCACGUGGCGGCGCUGCCGGAGUCCGUCACGGAGCCGCUGCUGCGCCAGCACUUCGCGGCCCUCAACGCCGCCAGCUGCCAGGUGGUGGUGGAGCGCGGGUGCCGGAAGGGCCUGGUCUACUUCAGCACCUUUGAGGAGAUCAUCAAGGCAGUCGCCAGACCUCAGGACCGCGUCAUCGGCGACACGGAGCUCCAGUGCGAGAUCGCUGCCCCGGGCGCGGCGUCGCCGGCCGGAGAGGCCUUGCCGCGCCUGGUGCGCAUGCGCAAGUGCCUGCGCGCCGUUGACUUGGACCACGUCUUGACCAGGGAGCAGGACGGGUGGUUUGCCCGCCGCAGCUGGCCCGAGCUGUUGACCCGCGAGGAGCAGCAACGCCUGUGCCUGGCGCGAGUGCUGUACCACCAGCCCACCUUCUGCAUCCUGGAGGAGGCCACCUGCACGCUGGCGCCGCAGCAGGAGGCGCGGAUCAUGGAGCUGCUGCUGGCGUGGCACGUGACGCCCCUGGCGCUGAGCUCGGCGCCGGAGGACGGGACGAUCUUCCGCCGGCAGCUGCAUCUGGGCCUUGCACAGGGGGAUGGCUGGAAGCUGGUUGACCUGACGGCAACGUGAGCAACGGUUUCGCCUUCGUUCCCACGCGAUGCGACUUAGAGUGAGCGACACCAUUUUGUUUC